AUGUUCAGAAAAAAUGAAAUGUUAUUAAAGAGUCAAAUAAGUACCAUGAGUCAAAAUCUGGUUAAAAAAAAUAGAGCGAUCACACAAUAUUUGAAUUGUAAAAGUAAACAACAACAAGAAGAAACCUUCAAAUUAUUUAUCAAAGAAAUGAAUAAACAGUUUAAAAAUAACAAUCUAACAUCAUUUACUGAUUAUUCAACUGUGAAGGACUGUUUCAUAAAAGAAGAAGAGAUUUUUGAAAGAAAGAAGUCUUCUGAAAAUAAUGAAGAUUGCACACUAUCUGAGACAUUCCCUGAAGAAGACAUUAAGGCUUUGGAUCAAUUAAUUUCUAAGAAAUACGAUAUUUUGUGGAGAUGGAAUAAAGCAUUAUUUAACUACGAAUUUGCUUCGAGAAAUAUCAAGAGCACAGUAUAUUUCUUACAAAAGGUCUUGUCUUUCUACCGUUCAAUAUUUCACUUCUCUUUUUUACUUCAUUAUCAAAAAUUUGUUUUGAAUGAUAUUGACCGUAUGUUUUCAUUGCUGAUCACAUCAAUGUUAAUUAAAGCUGCAGAGACGGUCUUCGAUCUUGUAACGUUGAUUGUGCAAUUUUGGAAAGAUUUCUGCAAAGGUUUGGGUGGAACGAUGAAGUGUUUUUUGGACGUCAUGCCUACAAAGAUUGGUGGUCAAAAUAAAUCAUGUCUAUAG